UCUCUGAUUUGAUUCAAAAAUUAAAAGAUGACGAUUUUCAUAAUUUUUCUAAGUAUAACUUCUUUUGUGCAAGCUUAUCAGUCUUCAGGUUGUGAUGCACCAAUUGGUCAUUACUGUCCUUUGAUAAAUAAUCCAUCACAUUUUGUAAAAUGUGGCAAAGGAAAAUAUCAAGACCUAACAAAUCAAACAUCUUGCAAAUCGUGUAAGUUUGGAGAAUACAAUCUUCAAACUGGACAAUUAAAAUGCAAAGUUUGUCCAGUUGGUCAUUCUUGUCUUUGGAAGAAUAAAUCUCCCGUAAAGUGUCGUAACGGAUCGUAUCAAGACAAAAGAGGAAAAAUAUUUUGUCGAACGUGCCCAACUGGCAAAUUUUGUUCCACAACUGGACCUGUCAUACACAAGAAGAACACUCGUCCUUUACCACCCGAGAAAUUGGCGGCGAUUCGAAAUGCUGCAUUAUAUGCAGAAGAGGCCUACCAAGAAGUAAAUCCAACUGAAACAAGGUUGAAAGACGGCGAGAGGGUGAAAGGCUUUGUCAAGUACGAAGGAAAUAAAAUCGUUGUAUCUUUUCAAGGUUCUAACGACCUUACUGACUGGUAUAGAAAUCUCAAGUUCUUCAAAGAAAGAUAUUCGGGUUGCGAAGAUUGCAAAGUACACAUUGGAUUUUUUCAGUCUUAUAACGCAUUGAAAGAACAAAUGCUUGAGAAAGUAAGCGCUUUAUCUGAUGAACAUUCCGACGCUAGAGUUUUAGUGACAGGUCAUUCACUUGGUGGGGCAAUGGCGACUUUGGCAGCAGUUGAUUUGGUCAAUGCCGGACAUCGUGUCAAUUUAAUAACCUUUGGCUCGCCUAGGGUUGGUAACCAUGAAUUUGCAGAACAUGUCAACGGAGCUUUGAGCGGAUUGAAUCUUAGAAUGACGUAUAAGAAUGACCUUGUUACAGUCAUUCCUCCUCUUAUAAGGUUUGUACAUGUUGGCCAAGAAAUUAAUUGCGUUGGUACAGACAGAUGCCACGAAUAUCCAGCAAACGAAGAUGUAACACAUUUUAGAGGAACAAUUUCAGAUCAUUAUAUGAACAACUAUCUUACAAUAGGCACUUAUCAUUCUUCAGCUUGCAAAGCGCCAGUUGGUCAUUACUGUCCUUCGAUAAAUAAUCCAGCACAUUUUGUAAAAUGUGGCAAAGGAAGAUAUCAAGACAAAGGAGGUCAAACAUCUUGCAAAUCGUGUAAGGAUGGAGAAUACAACAUUGAAACUGGACAAUCAAAAUGUAAUGUUUGUCCAGUUGGUCAUUCUUGUCUUCGUAAAAAUAAAUUACCUGUAAAGUGUCGUAAAGGUCAAUAUCAAGAACAAAAAGGAAAAACAUUGUGCCGAGUCUGCCCAGUUGGUAAAGUUUGUCCCUCAAUAGGACUUGUUAAACCAAACAAGAAAACUCGAGAUAUAAUACCUGACAAAUUGCUGGCGAUUCGUAAAGCUGCAAAAUAUGCCCAGCAGGCCUACGAAGAAGUAAGGCCUGUUGAUUCAAGAUUGUUGGACACGGGUGACAGACGAGUUAAAGGGUUUGUCAAGUACGAAGAUAGUACGAUCGUGGUAUCGUUUCAGGGUUCUGCAGACUUAAUAGACUGGAAAAACAAUCUCAAGUUCUUGCAAAAAUCAUAUCCAGGCUGUCCAAAUUGCAAAGUACACAUUGGAUUCUUUGACUCUUAUAGUCCACUGAAGCAGCAAAUGCUCGAUAAAGUAAACGCUUUUUUUCUUCUCAAUCCCAACUCUAAUGUUUUAGUCACAGGUCAUUCACUUGGAGGAGCAAUGGCUACCUUGGCGGCAAUUGAUUUGGCAAAGAUUAGAUAUCAGGUCGAUUUAAUAACCUUUGGCUCACCAAGAGUUGGUAACAACGAAUUUAAAAAACAUGUUGACAGUAACUUGAAGGGAUUGAAUCUUAGAGUGACGUACAAGAAAGACCCUGUCACAGUCAUUCCUCCACAGUCAUUCGGAUAUCGGCAUGUCGGGGGAAAUUUUUUGCAGGAUAUAAAUGCUAAUGAUAUGCAUGAGUGUCUGACCCGACUCAAAAGUAGAAAGAUGACAAGUUUCAUAAUUUUUCUAAGCAUAACUUCUUAUGUGCUGGCUUAUGAUUCUUCAGCUUGUGAUGCACCAGUUGGUCAUUUUUGCUCUUCGAUAAAUAAUCCAUCACAUUUUGUAAAAUGUGGCAAAGGAAAAUAUCAGGACGAAAGAGGUCAAACAUCUUGCAAGUCGUGUAAGGAUGGUGAAUACAAUAUUCAAACUGGACAAUCAAAAUGUAAAGUUUGUCCAGUUGGUCAUUCUUGUCUUUGGAAAAAUAAAUCACCUGUGAAAUGCCGUGAAGGACUGUAUCAAGAACAAAAAGGAAAAACGUUCGGCAAAGUUUGUCCCUCGAUAGGACUUGAAAAACUAAAGAGGAAAACACGAGAUUUAAUACCCAACCAGUUUUCCGCGAUUCGCAGAGCUGCAAAAUAUGCGCAACAAGCCUACGAAGAAGUAAAUCCACCUGAUUCAAGAUUGUUGGACACAGGAGACAGAAGGGUUAAAGGGUUUGUCAAGUACGAAGAUAAUACGAUCGUGGUAUCGUUUCAGGGUUCUGCCGACUUAAUAGACUGGAAAAACAAUCUCAAGUUCUUGAAAAAAUCAUAUCCAGGCUGCUCAAAUUGCAAAGUACACAUUGGAUUCUUUGACUCUUAUAGUCCAUUGAAGCAGCAAAUGCUCGAUAAAGUAAACGCUUUUUUCCUUCUCAAUCCCAACUCCAAAGUUUUAGUCACAGGUCAUUCACUUGGAGGAGCAAUGGCAACCUUGGCAGCAGUUGAUUUGGUAAAGACUAGAUAUCAGGUCGAUUUAAUAACCUUUGGCUCACCUAGGGUUGGUAACAAAGAAUUUAAAGAACUUGUUGACAGUAACUUAAAUGGAUUGAAUCUUAGAGUGACGUACAAGAGAGACCCUGUCACAGUCAUUCCUCCACAGUUAUUAGGAUAUCGGCAUGUUGGGCUGGAAAUUUAUUGUGUCGGUCCAGGCCAAUGCAAUGAAUAUCCGACAAACGAACCCCCAAACAAAGAUGCAACUCGCAUAAGAGGAAACAUUUUUGAUCAUUUUAUGACAAAUUAUCUUUCAAUUUAAAAUCAAUGCAGUAUGGGUUAAUUUAGAGGGAUUGGAACAAAAUCUUAAGAUUAUUUCUUCAUUUUUUGUUAUCAUGAUGCAAUUAUCUUUUCCUGUAUAGCUUAAAAAGUUUAGUUUUGCAUACCACAACUCAACUUCACCACCUCGUUCUCCACAAUGGAAGUGCUAAUAUGCAACAAUAAAAUGCACCCUAAGUGCUUAAAGCUUAAA